UUGCUGGACUCGGGGUGGGGAGUGGGAGUGUGGUGGAAGCCGGGGACAAAGACCUUUGCCAGAGAGGAUCUGGUAGCUAGAAUAGCUGCCAGCCAAAGUGCUAGCCUGUGCUGAUGCCUGGACACCCCCGUUCUUGUCAGCAUUCCAGAUCGAACCCUCUGUCAUUCUCUGUCACAUCUGGCCAUAAGAGAGGGUGGCUUUUGUCACAGCCCAGGCACUUACUUUUGAAUCUGAGAUUGGGAUUACUUGUGUGCUGCGCUGACUCACAGACCCCCAUGUCUUUUUUCUUUUGUUAAGGUUGAUCUCCCCCAUCCUGUGUCUAUUGCACUUUUUAAAAAUCAGUACAGGAGCUUGCGCUCAUCCCUGUUAUAUUCAUGUGUAAGAUAUGACCUAUUUUUCUAGGUUGUCGAGAUGCUUACGGACAUUGAAUCUGUUGCCUCGUGCAUUAACUACCCCUUGAAACGUCUUGUCAUCUUUGAGUUUGAUCAGCAGGUCUUUAGUGUCCUCUUUUGAUAUUCCCAAGAGUUCUGAUCAAUGAAGAAACAUACAUCACACACCACAGACCUCCCUCCAAACUACCAUUUCCCCCACUAAUAAGCAUUUCACCAUUUGGUUGCUUAAGUAGGUAUAAACUCUGUCUGCCCUCUGGUCAGUGUUUCUCCCAAGGGUGUCUUGAAGAACUUGGUAGCUGGAGCUGGAUCUUGAAAGGCAGCCUUUAGCUAUUGCGAAAGAAGCAGAGACAUGUGCCACUCCCUUUAGUCACAUUUACUGCGUGUUGGCCCGUGCCAGGCAUGAGGAUGGAUAAAGGAUCGGGAGCUUGUAGUGCAGUGAGAGGCAGACAGAAAAACAAACACUCUUACCAGAAUCUUUCCGAGUUGUGGGGGCACUGAUGUGGUUUAACUAAUGGAGCUGUGGCGGUAGGCCAUGCGUCAGGGGUUUCAAGGGCUAGGUGAUAGAGAAGUAGGGUCUUGCAAGGGGAGGCUCACGGUCCAAGGUCCUUUUACUCUCAGAGGAUGGGCAGAUCCUGGCAGAAGCAGAUGGACUCAGCACAAACCACUGGCUAAUCGGGACAGACAAGUGUGUGGAGAGGAUCAACGAGAUGGUGAACAGGGCCAAACUGGAAGCAGGGGUGGAUCCUCUGAUCCCUCUACGAAGCUUGGGCCUGUCCCUGAGCGGUGGGGUGCAGGAGGACACACUGAGGAUCCUGACGGAGUUGCUGAGGGACCGAUUUCCCCACCUGAGUGAAAGCUACUUAAUCACCACCGACGCCGUGGGCUCCAUCGCCACAGCAACACAGGAUGGUGGGAUCGUGCUCAUCUCUGGGACAGGUUCCAACUGCAGGCUCAUCAACCCCGACGGCUCUGAGAGCGGCUGUGGCGGCUGGGGCCACAUGAUGGGGGACGAGGGCUCAGCCUACUGGAUCGCACACCGAGCAGUGAAAACAGUGUUCGACUCUAUUGACAACCUAGAGGCGGCUCCUCAUGACAUUGGCUACAUCAAACAGGCGAUGUUCAGCUACUUCCAGGUGCCCGAUCGGCUAGGAAUCCUCACCCACCUGUAUAGGGACUUUGAUAAAUGCCAGUUUGCUGGGUUUUGCCAGAAAAUUGCAGAAGGUGCCCAGCAGGGAGAUGCCCUCUCCCGGUUUAUCUUCAGGAAGGCUGGGGAGAUGCUGGGCAGACACGUGGUGGCAGUGUUGCCUGAGAUUGACCCGGUCUUGUUCCAGGGGAAGAUGGGCCUCCCCAUCCUGUGUGUGGGCUCUGUGUGGAAGAGCUGGGAGCUGCUGAGGGAAGGUUUCCUUCUGGCGCUGACCCAGGGCCGAGAGCUGCAGGCCCAGAACUCCUUCUCCAGCUUCACCCUGAUGAAGCUGCGACACUCCUCUGCCCUGGGUGGGGCCAGCCUCGGGGCCAGGCACAUCGGGCACCUCCUCCCCAUGGACUACUCUGCCAAUGCCGUUGCCUUCUACUCCUACACCUUCUCCUAAGGGGCUGGCCCUGGCUCCACCCCUCCAAGCCCAGUGGACACUGGGUGCCGGAAAGGAGGCUUUUUUCCUUUUUUUAAAGAAAAACACAUCUAAAAGAGAAUAAAUGCACUUUACCCACUCCCCAAUUAGAUCGUGUUACCAAGCACA